ACAAAAAUAAAACAAUAUUAGAAAAAUACAUUUUAAUAAUUCAACUGAAAUAUCUCGUCAAAUAUAUAGUUGUCACUAUAGUUGGCAUCUAGUUGCAUAACUGCAAUACAAAACCAUGAGACGAAAUGAAUUUUCCCCCAAUCAAGACGUAGAGGAGGGAGAGUAUGCUGGAGAAUUUGAGGAGGCAUUAAUAAGAAGAGCUUUUAUUCAAAAAGUUUAUUUUAUAUUAAGCAUACAAUUACUUGUCACUCUAGGCAUAAUCUCAAUAUUUGUAUUAAAUGAGGAACUACAAGACUAUGUGACCGAACAGCCACAUUUACUGCUAAUAGCCUUUAUUGUAACUUUCGUUACAAUGAUUACUUUGGCCUGUUGUCCCCAAGUAAGACGUAAGAUGCCAGCAAACUAUAUCUGUUUGGCUAUUUUUACUCUAGCUAAAGGUUUCCUAUUGGGUGUAGUGUCCUCGAUAUAUGAUCCCAUGACAGUACUUACAGCCGUGGGUAUAACAGCUGCCGUUUGCUUUGCUCUUACACUAUUUGCCAUGCAAACCAAAUGGGAUUUCACCGUAAUGGGUGGAUUUUUACUUGUGGUCUUGGUGGUGUUUUUAAUAUUCAGUUUAUUCAUGUUUUUCUUUCAAACGCAUGUCAUGAAAUUGAUCUACUGUUCGUUGGGUGUUUUGAUAUUUUCAUUGUAUCUGUUAUAUGACACCCAAUUAAUGUUGGGCGGUAAGCAUCAGUAUUCGGUGAGUCCGGAUGAAUAUGUUUUUGCUGCCUUAAAUUUGUAUCUUGAUAUUGUGCAAAUAUUUAUGUAUAUAUUGGGUCUAUUGGGUAGUAGAGAUUAAAAUGUGACAUAGAGCGUUGUUGAUGGGAGUUUACUUUUUUUUAAUUAAUUGUUAGUUAACUUGUUAAUAUAUUGUUUAAAUAAUAAAUUAAUUUAAAUAAAUAAUUAAUUUUUAAAAGAAAUU